GUACUGCCGGCGGGUCAGGGUUCGGCCUCAACAUGGCGGUUCCGGUCGGGCAGUGACCAAGGUUUUGCUCUCGGGAGGACUGAGUGGCGAUUGUUGGAAUCUCCACCUAUCAGGGUGGAAUGUGAGGACGCCGGGGAGAGCGCUGAGGGGCGGCGGUGACGGGGAGGGGCUCUGUGGUGUUUGCCCUGAGAGCAGAGGCGGCGUCGUCUGUUCCUUCUACUUGUCUCCAGGCUCCAGUGUGGGGCCCCGCCCGGCCGGGCAGGCCGGCGGGCGGCGGCGGUAGCUGCUGCAGCCAGAGGAUCUGCUCUGAGGGUGGGCCGGAGGGCGGGCGCCACCGCUGCGUCUGCCGCGGCUAUGGCCCAGUGCGUACAGUCAGUGCAGGAGCUAAUCCCGGACUCCUUCGUUCCUUGUGUCGCCGCACUGUGCAGCGACGAAGCAGAGCGGCUUACUCGUCUCAAUCAUCUCAGCUUCGCGGAGCUGCUUAAGCCUUUUUCUCGCCUCACUUCCGAGGUUCAUAUGAGAGAUCCUAAUAAUCAGCUUCACAUAAUUAAAAAUUUGAAGAUAGCAGUGAGCAACAUUAUUACCCAACCACCUCAGCCUGGAGCCAUUCGGAAGCUUUUGAAUGAUGUUGUUUCUGGCAGUCAGCCUGCAGAAGGAUUAGUAGCUAAUGUGAUUACAGCAGGAGAUUAUGACCUUAACAUCAGCGAUCGGUCAAUUAAAGCUAGUGUUCCUUGGUACAGUAAUUGGAAAGACACAUUGAUGGAAUUGAAAGAAUCCUCGUUAUAUACAGCUACUACUCCAUGGUUUGAGUCUUAUAGAGAGACCUUUCUUCAGUCGAUGCCAGCAUCAGAUCAUGAAUUUCUGAACCACUAUUUAGCAUGUAUGUUGGUAGCAUCAUCUAAUGAAGUUGAACCUAUGGAACAGUUUUCAAAAUUGUCACAAGAGCAGCAUCGGAUUCAGCACAACAAUGAUUAUUCCUACCCUAAGUGGUUUAUACCAAAUACACUCAAAUAUUAUGUACUUUUACAUGAUGUAAGCGCAGGAGAUGAACAGAGAGCUGAAUCAAUUUAUGAAGAAAUGAAACAGAAAUAUGGAACUCAGGGUUGCUAUUUGCUUAAAAUUAAUUCUCGAACGUCAAAUCGAGCAUCAGAUGAACAGAUACCAGAUCCUUGGAGUCAGUAUCUCCAGAAAAGUAGUAUUCAAAACCAGGAAUCAUAUGAAGAUGGCCCUUGUACUAUAACUUCAAAUAAGAAUUCUGAUAGUAACUUGCUUUCAUUGGAUGGAUUAGAUAACGAAGUCAAAGUAGAUGGCUUACCAAAUAACUUUAGAGCUCACCCACUUCAAUUGGACCAAUCCAGUGACCCUUCUAACAGCAUUGAUGGCCCAGAUCAUGUAAAAUCUGCUUCAUCAUUACAUGAAACAAAGAAAGCAAAUACUGGAAUAAUUCAUGGUGCAUGUUUAACACUUACCGAUCAUGAUAGAAUUCGACAAUUUAUACAAGAGUUUACAUUUCGGGGCCUUUUGCCACAUAUAGAGAAAACAAUUCGGCAAUUAAAUGAUCAGCUAAUAUCAAGAAAAGGUUUGAGUCGAUCUCUAUUUUCUGCAACUAAAAAAUGGUUUAGUGGCAGUAAAGUUCCAGAAAAGAGCAUUAAUGAGCUGAAAAAUACAUCUGGGUUGCUGUAUCCACCUGAAGCACCAGAACUUCAAAUCAGAAAAAUGGCUGACUUAUGUUUUUUGGUGCAACAUUAUGAUUUGGCUUACAGUUGCUAUCAUACUGCAAAGAAGGAUUUUCUUAAUGAUCAAGCAAUGCUUUAUGCAGCUGGUGCCUUGGAAAUGGCAGCAGUGUCAGCUUUUCUUCAACCAGGAGCGCCCAGGCCAUACCCUGCUCAUUACAUGGAUACAGCAAUUCAAACAUAUAGGGAUAUCUGCAGGAAUAUGGUAUUGGCUGAAAGAUGUGUAUUGCUUAGUGCCGAAAUUCUAAAAAGCCAAAGCAAAUAUUCAGAAGCUGCAGCUCUCCUAAUACGGUUGACUAGUGAGGAUUCUGAUCUUCGAAGUGCACUUCUUUUGGAACAGGCAGCACAUUGCUUUAUAAACAUGAAGAGUCCCAUGGUUAGAAAAUAUGCAUUUCAUAUGAUAUUGGCAGGCCAUCGGUUUAGUAAAGCAGGACAGAAGAAGCAUGCUUUACGCUGCUAUUGUCAAGCCAUGCAAGUUUACAAAGGAAAAGGCUGGUCUCUUGCAGAGGAUCACAUUAACUUCACUAUUGGGCGCCAGUCAUAUACACUUAGGCAACUGGACAAUGCUGUGUCUGCUUUCAGGCAUAUUUUAAUCAAUGAGAGUAAACAAUCUGCUGCUCAACAAGGGGCCUUCCUUAGAGAAUAUCUUUAUGUUUACAAGAAUGUAAGUCAACUAUCACCAGAUGGUCCUUUACCACAACUUCCUUUACCAUAUAUUAACAGUUCAGCAACACGGGUUUUCUUUGGCCAUGACAGACGACCAGCAGAUGGUGAAAAGCAAGCAGCUACUCAUGUAAGUCUUGAUCAAGAAUAUGACUCUGAAUCCUCUCAGCAGUGGCGAGAACUUGAAGAGCAAGUUGUGGCUGUGGUUAACAAAGGAAUAAUUCCAUCCAGUUUCUAUCCCACACAAUAUUGUUUGAACAGUUAUUCGGAUAACUCCAGAUUUCCACUUGCAGUUGUGGAAGAACCAAUUACAGUGGAAGUGGCUUUUAGAAACCCUUUGAAGGUUCCACUUUUGUUGACUGAUUUGUCAUUACUUUGGAAGUUUCAGCCUAAAGAUUUCAGUGGAAAGGAUAAUGAAGAAGUUAAAGAACUAAUUACAGGUGAACCUGAAAUGAUUGGAACUGAAGUUAUUUCAGAAUUCUUAAUUAAUAGUGAAGAAUCUAAAGUGGCAAGACUAAAGCUCUUUCCCCAUCACAUAGGGGAGCUGCAUAUUUUGGGAGUUGUUUAUAAUCUUGGCACUAUUCAGGGCUCCAUGACAGUAGAUGGCAUUGGUGCUCUUCCUGGAUGUCAUACAGGAAAACAUUCCUUGAGUAUGUCAGUCCGAGGGAGACAGGAUUUAGAAAUUCAAGGUCCUCGACUUAACAACACAAAAGAAGAAAAAACAUCUAUUAAAUAUGGUCCUGAUCGACGUUUAGACCCUAUAAUCACUGAAGAAAUGCCACUAUUGGAGGUGUUCUUUAUACAUUUUCCUACAGGACUUCUCUGUGGAGAAAUUCGAAAAGCAUAUGUAGAAUUUGUCAAUGUCAGCAAAUGUCCUCUUACUGCAUUGAAGGUUGUUUCUAAACGUCCAGAGUUCUUUACUUUUGGUGGUAAUACUGCUGUUUUAACACCACUGAGCCCUUCAGCUUCUGAAAAUUGUAGUGCUUACAAGACUGUUGUGACAGACUCUACCUCUGUGUGUACAGCACUCAUAUCAUCAGCUUCUUCUGUAGACUUUGGAAUUGGCAUAGGGAGUCAGCCAGAAGUGAUUCCUGUUCCCCUUCCUGACACUGUUCUUCUGCCUGGAGCUUCAGUCCAGCUACCAAUGUGGUUACGUGGGCCAGAUGAAGAAGGUGUCCAUGAAAUUAACUUUUUGUUUUACUAUGAAAGUGUUAAAAAGCAGCCUAAAAUACGACACAGAAUCUUAAGGCACACUGCAGUUAUUUGUACCAGCCGAUCUUUGAACGUGCGAGCUACUGUCUGCAGAAGUAAUUCUCUAGAAGAUGAAGAAGGCAGAGGAGGGAAUAUGCUAGUUUUUGUGGAUGUGGAAAAUACCAAUACUAGUGAAGCAGGUGUUAAGGAAUUCCACAUAGUACAAGUAUCAAGCAGUAGCAAGCUCUGGAAGUUACAGAACUCUGUAAAUCUCGCUGAAAAUAAAGAGGCCAAACUUGCCAGUAGGGAGAAGGGAAAGUUUUGCUUCAAGGCAGUAAGAUGUAAGGAAAAAGAAGCUGCUAUGCAGUCCUCAGAAAGGUAUACCUUUGCAGAUAUCAUCUUUGGAAAUGAACAGAUAAUAAGUUCAGCAAGUCCAUGUGCAGAUUUCUUUUAUCGAAGUUUAUCUUCUGAAUUGAAAAAACCCCAAGCUCAGUUGUCUCUCCAUACAGAAAAACAUUCCAUAGAGGAUGCUGUGAGAUUGAUUCAGAAAUGCAGUGAGGUGGAUUUGAAUAUUAUCAUAUUAUGGAAGGCAUAUGUUGUGGAAGACAGUAAGCAGCUUAUUUUGGAAGGUCAGCAUCAUGUUAUUCUUCGCACUAUAGGAAAAGAAGCCUUUUCUUAUCCUCAGAAACAGGAAUUACCAGAAAUGGAACUGUUAAAAUUUUUCAGGCCAGAAAACACUGCAGUUUCCUCAAGACCAUCAGUAGACCAGCUUUCUAAUCUCAUUAAAACGAGUCUUCACUACCCAGAAUCAUUUAAUCAUCCAUUUCAUCAAAAAAGCCUUUGUUUAGUACCAGUCACCCUUUUACUUUCUAACUGCUCUAAGGCUGAUGUAGAUGUGAUUGUUGAUCUCCGGCAUAAAACAACAAGUCCAGAAGCAUUGGAAAUCCAUGGAUCAUUCACAUGGCUUGGACAGACACAAUAUAAACUUCAGCUUAAAAGCCAGGAAAUUCACAGUUUGCAGCUGAAAGCUUGCUUUGUUCAUACAGGUGUUUAUAACCUUGGAACUCCUAGGGUGUUUGCCAAGUUAUCGGACCAAGUUACAGUGUUUGAAACCAGUCAGCAGAACUCCAUGCCUGCCCUGAUCAUCAUCAAUAAUAUGUGACAACUUGCAAAUUUAUACUGAAAUCCACAAGAAUCAGUUUAAUUUUGCUGAAUGGUUUUUACAGCAGUAUUUGAAAUACCUAACUUUUUGGAGGUUGGUGUCUGAUUGCUGCAAAAUACUUCAACCUGUCACCUUGUUGAUGAUGUAAAGCACGUUGGACUGAGAAUACUUAAAUUCUUUCUUUUUUUUUUUUUUUCUUUAAACCUGGUAAUAAUUUACAUGCUCAUAAUACAGAUUUCAACAUAUCCAUGCACCUUAUUAUGCCCCGUCUUAAAAAACAAUGUCUAAGUCUGCUGUUACAACUUGUCAGUGGUAUGAAUAUUAAGAGAUGAUUUUGAGGAAGGAAAGGCCUUAUUGGCAAUACUCCUGUUAAGCCAUUAGUCUAUAAAUUCCAGCUUUACUGUGAAGUUCUAUAGAGUGUUAAGUACAGUUUUUCCUUGUCUUGCUUCACACAACUCUCCAAAAUCAGUUUUGAACUUUGGUUAUAGAGUCUUCAUAUUUCAGUAUCUGGUGGUCCCUAUGGCUUAUAUAUAACUUUGUAAAGAAAAAUCAUUUUUUUUCCUGAUGAUUUGAAAAAUAGUUUUGAAGGGAGUUUGACUUUUUUUCCUCAUUCAUCUCAGUAUAGAGUGCACUAUUUCGCAAUAUGAGAUUUUUGUCAUUAAAAUCAUUUUAUUAUAUUACUUUAAAAUUGAGUUGAUCUGUUUAAAUAUAAAUCUACUCAAGUUAAUUAAAAUAAGCUUUUCAAAAAUGUAUUAUAUUUAUAACAAAUGUACUGUAAAUAGAAUAAAGACAUGCUAUUCACUGUAUAGAUUUAUUAGAUGCCUUUUUUAAAAUCUGGUUUUCUGAAGACCUAAUAUAUUCUUUAUUUAAAAUAAAUGCCAACCAUAUACAGCA